GCGGGCCGUCCAUGCGGCUGGGGGAUACGACAUUGAUCCGGAGCUUGAAGAUCAAUUUCGCGCCCAAGAAGGAGCCAGCAGGGUUGAGGCCGCGCAAUUGUCCCAGGCGGCGGCCCGCUGGAUGUCCUCGCCCUGCCUCCCGUGCUUUGAAGCGGUCCCCUCUCUGCUCCAGCUGGAGCAGCUCUGCAUCCGCCAAGCCCCGGCUAAAGCCCCUGGACCGGAUGGACUUCGUAAUGAGCUCUGGCGGUCGCAGGGCGCCCAUGCCGGCCGCUGGCUUUGGCCCCUAUGCGCCAGGAUUGCCCUUCAAGGCCGGGAGCCCUUUGACUUCAAGGCCAGUCGGGACUUGCUCUUUGACGGCUUCGCAGCAGAUGCCCAGGUGCCAGAGCACCAUCACCUCGCAGGUCUUGUCUUGCAGCUUCAGCAACAAGGAGCUCUUGCUGCUUUAGGGGUCGCUGACGAUGUUGCUGCCCUGCUCCGUGACUGUGUGGCGCUAUCCCACUGGUCCUUGUCGGGCUCCUCCAACAUCUUCCUUGCCUCCCGUGGCUCUCGUCCCGGGGAUGGCCUCGCUGACAUCCUGUUCGGAGCGCUCUUUGCUGUUGGAUUGCAGCACAUACAGCGUGCCACUGCGCAGCUCGGCAUUACUCACACCAGUGCUGGAGUUGAGGUUGGCUUACCGCCCGGUGUUAAGCCCAUUGGGUGGGCUGAUGACCUCGCGGUCCUUGCUGACUUUGACUGCCCUGCUGAUUUGCAGGCUCAGCUUCCCCAGCUCGUCCGUGUCAUUCUUGAGACCCUCCGACUCCUCCGUUUCCGGGUCAAUCUCGGCGCGGGGAAAACUGAAGCCUUGGUUGACAUUCGAGGUGAAGGGGCUCGUGCUGCCCGUGGGGCCCUGCUGAGCGGGGACGCACUCCUGCAGGUCUCCGGCUCGGACUCCAUCCGUCUCUGCCCGGAGUACAAAUACUUGGGAGUUGCUCAACUGCCCCGAGAUACUGGACGCAGAGACUGCGAGCUCGCGGCGCAACGGGGCUCCGCUGCGGCCUCGAUGGCACGCACCCUCCUGUGCAGCAACUGCCUCCCGUGGGAGCUCAAGCGUGCUUGGGUUGCGGGCAGAGUUCUCCCGUCGGCGUACUCCUCGCUCGCUAUGUCUCUUGCGGAGUCGGGCAGAGCGACCGCGCCGCUGGCAGGCCUUUUUGAGCGCACGGCCCGAAUUCUCUUGUCCUCGUGGCAAGUAGGGCAUAAGCUCACUACUCCGCUCCUCCGGCUGCUUGCGGACGUCCCUCCACCGGACCUUGCGACUGUACUCAGCCAAUGCCGGCUGUGUGUGCAGCUGUUCUGCAAAGCACCUUUGGCUGUCCGCGACAUUGUUGAUGCCGCCUGGAACAGGGCGCUCCCGUGGUGCCAGGCCCUUGUCUCGGCCUGCAUGCGAGUGGGAGUUUCCCUUGACAUCUGGGAUCCGGCCCGGCCCCCGGCGGUGACGGUCCUUUUUGUGCGGAACCAUGGGCGUGCCCUGCUCCGCGCCUGCAAGGCCCUGAGCAAGUUCGGACACCGUUAUGCUGCCUGCGCCCAGCUGUGGGACGACCUUUCGACGCGGAAAGCUACUCACGUGCUUGGUGCUGCGCAAUCCUACUGCUGCCCUGUCUGUCAGGUCAUCUUCCCUAGCCUGCACGCUGUCCGGGCCCACCUUCACCGCAAGCAUGGAGUCCUCUCUGAUGUUACCGCGUACAUGGCGGGCUCCGUGUGCCUCUGGUGCAUGCACGACUUUCAUUCUUCUGACCGUUUGAAAUACCACCUGCAGACGCAGCGUUCCUGCUUGCACGGACUUCGGGUUACUGUCGGCCCGGUGUACCAGUACGGCUCCGGCACUAAGCGCAAGGGCCGCGCUGCUCACAGAGGUGUCCCUCCGCAACGGCUCUGCGGGCCGUGCAAUGCCACCCCGGUCCAACGACGCGCGGAUCGCCUGGGCGUGCCUGCUACCGCGGCCGAGCUUCAAGCGGAGUGGGACGCGGUCCUUCGUUCGCCGGCUCUCUCUGACCUGGUGCCUGGUGCGGCCGCUUGCGAUGACUGGGCUCUACCUUCUCCUUGGUGGCCUGGGCUUCUUGCCCUCGGCGGGAUCUUCCGCCUGCCUUCCUCCUGGCAUCGUCUGUGGUCCAUGUGGUCUGCCCUGGAGCUCUUCUCGCCAUGGGAGCACCGUGCCACUCGUCGCCUCGGGGUCCUUCGUUCGGCUUCGUCGGGCGGCCUGGGCGCCUCUGUGUCGCUGGCUGACGCCACCGUCGGUCGUUGGUCCCUGCUGGAGUUGGCUGCCGCCAUGGUCUCUUUUCGUAUGGUCUGCAAGUCAGUCCUUCUGAAAGGAGCCCUGUGGAUUUCUGGGCACCCCGGGCACCUUGGGCUUGCCUUGCUUCGCCGCCUGCUUCCUGCGGCUGUCUUCUUGGACUUCUGGUCCCCUGUUGGUCGCAUCUUCCUUGCGGCCUGCUCGGCCCCCGUGGCCUCCUCCGUGCGUUCGGCCCUCGCGGGACCCUCCGCCCCGCCCUCGCUGUCUCUGCGAGCUUUCUGGGCAUACCCCGCUGCUUGA